CGCUCGGGAUGGUGCUGAGGAACAGCGGGAAGCGCCGCGCCGAGCCGGCGGCGGACGGCGAGCCCGCCAGAGAUGAUGGCUCCUCUAUCUCAGCAUUUAAGCGCUUGGAGCGCAGUCAGUGGACUGAUAAAAUGGAUUCUCGAUUUGGUUUUGAGAGACUCAAGGAACCCGGUGAGAAAACAGGCUGGCUCAUCAAUAUGCACCCGACCGAGAUUUUAGAUGAAGAUAAACGUUUAGUCAGUGCUGUGGAUUACUACUUUAUUCAAGAUGAUGGGAGCAGAUUUAAGGUGUCCUUGCCCUACAAACCGUAUUUCUACAUUGCGACCAGAAAGGGCUGUGAACGAGAAGUUUCAUCUUUUCUCUCCAAGAAGUUUCAGGGCAAAAUUGCUAAAAUAGAAACUGUGCCCAAAGAGGAUCUUGAUUUGCCAAAUCACUUGGUGGGUUUGAAGCGAAAUUACAUUAAGCUGUCUUUUAAUACUGUGGAGGAUCUGGUCCGAGUAAGGAAGGAAAUCUCUCCUGCUGUAAAGAAGAACCGUGAGCAAGGCCAUACGAGUGAAUCCUACACAGCUAUGCUUUCCAGCGUUCUGCAAGGAGGCAAUGUAAUUGUAGAUGAAGAGGAAACUUCUAAGAAGAUUGUUGACCAGUUGGACAACAUUGUGGACAUGAGGGAGUAUGACGUGCCUUAUCACAUCCGCCUUUCCAUUGACCUGAAGAUCCAUGUGGCUCAUUGGUACAAUGUAAAAUACCGAGGAAGUGCCUAUCCUGUGGAAAUUUUCCGUCGAGAUGAUCUUGUGGAACGACCAGAUCCUGUAGUUUUGGCAUUUGACAUUGAGACGACCAAGCUGCCUCUCAAGUUUCCUGAUGCUGAGACUGACCAGAUUAUGAUGAUUUCCUAUAUGAUUGAUGGUCAAGGUUAUCUCAUCACCAAUAGAGAGAUUGUUUCAGAAGAUAUUGAAGAUUUUGAGUUCACCCCCAAGCCAGAAUAUGAAGGACCCUUCUGUGUCUUCAAUGAACCAGAUGAGGUUCACCUUAUCCAAAGGUGGUUUGAACAUGUUCAAGAGACCAAACCUACCAUCAUGGUCACCUACAAUGGGGACUUUUUUGACUGGCCAUUUGUGGAAGCCAGAGCAGCUGUCCAUGGGUUAAGCAUGUACCAGGAGAUAGGCUUCCAGAAGGACAGCCAGGGGGAAUACAAGGCGACUCAGUGCAUCCACAUGGACUGUCUCAGGUGGGUAAAGAGGGACAGUUACCUUCCUGUGGGGAGCCACAACCUCAAGGCAGCUGCCAAAGCCAAGCUGGGCUAUGACCCCGUGGAGCUGGACCCUGAGGACAUGUGCCGUAUGGCCACAGAGCAGCCCCAGACUUUAGCCACAUACUCAGUGUCAGAUGCUGUGGCCACAUACUACUUGUAUAUGAAGUAUGUGCACCCCUUCAUAUUCGCCCUGUGCACCAUUAUUCCCAUGGAGCCCGAUGAGGUGCUGCGGAAGGGCUCUGGGACCUUGUGUGAGGCCCUGCUGAUGGUGCAGGCUUUUCAUGCCAACAUCAUCUUUCCCAACAAGCAGGAACAGGAGUUCAACAAGCUGACUGAUGAUGGCCAUGUACUGGACUCUGAGACCUAUGUUGGUGGCCAUGUGGAAGCCCUUGAGUCAGGCGUGUUCCGCAGUGACAUACCCUGCCGUUUCAGGAUGAAUCCUGCUGCCUUUGACUUCCUGCUGCAGCGGGUGAACCAGACCGUGCGACAUGCUGUGGAGGAGGAGGAGAAAGUGCCCAUAGAGGAGGUCACAAACUUUGAAGAGGUGUGUGAUGAGAUUAAGGCUAAACUCACCUCCUUGAAAGAUAUUCCUAAUCGAAUUGAGUGUCCUCUCAUAUACCACUUGGAUGUGGGAGCUAUGUACCCCAACAUCAUUCUUACCAACCGCCUACAGCCCUCUGCCAUGGUGGACGAGGCUACCUGUGCUGCCUGUGACUUCAAUAAGCCUGGAGCGAACUGCCAGCGAAAGAUGGCCUGGCAGUGGAGAGGAGAGUUCAUGCCAGCCAGUCGCAGUGAGUACCAUCGGAUCCAGCACCAGUUAGAAUCAGAGAAGUUCCCUCCCCUGAUCCCAGAGGGCCCAACCCGUGCCUUUCAUGAGCUAUCUCGUGAGGAGCAGGCUAAAUAUGAGAAGAAGAGACUGGCAGAUUACUGCCGUAAGGCCUACAAGAAGAUCCAUGUGACCAAGGUCGAAGAGCGCCUCACCACUAUCUGCCAGCGGGAGAACUCUUUCUAUGUGGACACGGUGCGUGCCUUCCGGGACCGGCGCUACGAAUUCAAAGGCCUCCACAAGGUAUGGAAGAAGAAACUCUCUGCAGCGGUAGAGGGAGGCGAUGCGGCAGAGGUGAAGCGCUGCAAAAACAUGGAGAUCUUGUAUGACUCGCUGCAGCUAGCACAUAAGUGCAUCCUCAACUCUUUCUACGGUUAUGUCAUGCGCAAAGGGGCCCGCUGGUACUCGAUGGAGAUGGCGGGCAUUGUCUGCUUCACAGGAGCCAACAUCAUCACCCAGGCCCGAGAGCUGAUCGAGCAGAUUGGGAGGCCCUUGGAGCUGGACACAGAUGGUAUAUGGUGCGUACUGCCCAACAGUUUCCCUGAGAACUUCGUUAUCAAGACUACCAACGUGAAAAAGCCAAAGGUGACCAUCUCCUACCCUGGAGCCAUGUUGAACAUCAUGGUCAAGGAAGGCUUCACCAACCAUCAGUACCAGGAAUUGACAGAGCCUUUCUCACUCACCUAUAUCACUCGCUCAGAGAACAGCAUCUUUUUUGAGGUUGACGGACCCUAUCUUGCCAUGAUUCUUCCAGCUUCCAAGGAAGAAGGCAAGAAACUGAAAAAGAGGUAUGCUGUAUUCAAUGAAGAUGGUUCCCUGGCAGAGCUGAAGGGCUUUGAGGUUAAACGCCGUGGGGAGCUGCAGCUAAUUAAAAUCUUCCAAUCCUCAGUCUUUGAGGCUUUUUUGAAGGGUAGCACCCUGGAAGAGGUGUAUGGCUCUGUAGCCAAGGUAGCUGAUUACUGGCUGGACGUGCUCUAUAGUAAGGCAGCCAAUAUGCCUGAUUCUGAACUGUUUGAGCUCAUCUCUGAGAACCGCUCUAUGUCUCGGAAGCUGGAAGACUACGGGGAGCAGAAGUCCACAUCCAUCAGCACAGCCAAGAGACUGGCUGAGUUUCUGGGAGAUCAGAUGGUGAAGGAUGCGGGACUGAGCUGCCGCUACAUCAUUUCCCGGAAGCCUGAAGGGUCUCCAGUUACUGAGAGGGCCAUCCCACUAGCCAUUUUCCAGGCAGAACCGACAGUGAGGAAGCACUUUCUCCGGAAAUGGCUUAAGAGUUCUUCCCUUCAAGAUUUUGACAUUCGAACAAUUCUGGACUGGGAUUACUACAUUGAGCGGCUGGGAAGUGCCAUUCAGAAGAUUAUCACCAUCCCUGCGGCACUGCAGCAGGUGAAGAAUCCUGUGCCCCGUGUCAAACACCCUGACUGGCUACACAAGAAACUAUUGGAGAAGAAUGACAUUUAUAAGCAGAAGAAAAUCAGUGAGCUCUUUGUCCUUGAAGGCACGAGACAGGUGGGCGCCACCCGGGCUGUGGAAGGUCCCCCCGAUAUAGAGGACAUGGGCCAAGUAAAGUCGCCCUACCCAGCAGUUCCCAUUUCUACGAAGAGGAAGCGUGUCCUGUGGGAGAGCCAGGAAGAGUCACAAGACCUGGAACUGACAGUGCCCUGGCAAGAAAUCUUGGGGCAGCCCCCCACUCUUGGGACGACCCAGGAAGAAUGGUUAGUCUGGCUCCGGUUUCACAAGAAGAAGUGGCAGCUGCAGACCCGACAGCGCCUGGCUCGAAAGAAGAGGCAGCGUCUGGAGACAUCAGAGGACUGCCCUCGGUCUGGAGUCUUGAGAGAUGGCCCAUCCACAGGACUGGGGGGCUUCUUGCGAAGAACCGCCCGCAGCAUUCUGGACCUUCCUUGGCAGAUUGUGCAGAUCAGCGAAACCAGUCAGGCCGGCUUGUUCAGACUCUGGGCUCUUAUCGGCAGUGACCUCUAUUGUAUCAAGCUGAACAUACCCCGUGUGUUCUAUGUGAACCAGCGAGUGGCUAAAGCCGAGGAGGGUCCAUCAUACCGAAAGGUCAAUCGAGUCCUUCCUCGCUCUAACAUGGUCUACAAUCUCUAUGAGUACUCAGUACCAGAGGACAUGUACCAGGAGCAUAUUAAUGAAAUCAAUACCGAGUUGUCUGCCCCAGACAUUGAGGGCGUGUAUGAGACUCAGGUGCCGCUAUUAUUCCGGGCCCUGGUGCAGUUGGGUUGUCUGUGUGUGGUUAAUAAACAGCUGGCAAAGCACCUUUCAGGUCGGGAAGCAGAAACAUUCACUCUAGAGCAUCUGGAAAUGCGUACUUUGGCCCAGUUCAGUUACCUGGAACCAGGGAGCAUCCGCCACAUCUACCUGUACCACCACACACAGGGUCACAAGGCACUCUUCGGCAUCUUUGUUCCCUCGCAGCGUAGAGCAUCUGUGUUUGUGCUGGAUACUGUGAGAAGCAACCAGAUGCCCAGCCUCAGUACCCUGUACUCUACCGAGCACAGCCUUCUGUUGGACAAGGUGGGCCCUGAGCUGCUGCCCCCACCAAAACACACUUUUGAGGUUCGUGCUGAAACGGACUUAAAGACCAUCUGCAGAGCCAUCCAGCGCUUUCUGCUGGCCUAUAAGGAGGAGCGCCGUGGACCCACACUCAUUGCUGUUCAAUCCAACUGGGAGCUAAAGAGACUUAGUGGAGAGAUUCCAGUCCUGGAAGAGUUCCCCCUGGUACCUCUCCGAGUGACUGAUAACAUCAAUUAUGGAGUCCUGGACUGGCAGCGCCAUGGGGCACGACGCAUGAUUCGCCAUUACCUCAACCUGGACACCUGUCUAUCACAGGCCUUUGAGAUGAGCAGGUACUUCCACAUUCCCAUUGGGAAUCUGCCCGAGGACAUCUCCACCUUUGGCUCCGACCUGUUCUUUGCUCGCCACCUCCAGCGUCACAACCACCUGCUCUGGCUUUCCCACACCUUGCGCCCUGACCUGGGCGGGAAGGAAGCUGAUGACAACCGUCUUCUCAUGGAGUUUGAUGGCCAGGCCACUGUGGAGAUUAAUAGUUCCGGCUGUUACUCCACGGUGUGUGUGGAGCUGGAUAUACAGAACCUGGCUGUCAACACCAUCUUGCAAUCUCAUCAUGUCAACGACAUGGAAGGAGCCAGUAGCAUGGGCGUCAGCUUCGAUGUGAUCCCGCAGGCCUCCCUGGAAGACAUGAUCACAGGCAACCAGGCCAGCAGUGGCCCAGCAAGCUAUGAUGAGACAGCACUUUGCUCCAGUACAUUUCGGAUCCUGAAGAGCAUGGUGGUGGGCUGGGUGAAGGAGAUCAUGCAGUACCACAAUGUGUACGCAGACAACCAGGUGAUGCAUUUCUACCGCUGGCUGCGCUCCCCAUGCUCAUUGCUGCAUGACCCUGCACUGCAUCGCACACUCCACAGUAUGAUGAAGAAACUCUUCCUACAGCUCAUUGCUGAGUUCAAACGCCUGGGCUCCUCAGUUGUUUAUGCCAACUUCAACCGCAUCAUCAUCUGUACCAAGAAGCGGCGUAUUGAAGAUGCCAUCGCCUAUGUGGAAUAUAUCACCAACAGUAUCCACUCUAAGGAGAUCUUCCAUUCCUUGACAAUUUCUAUCUCUCGGUGCUGGGAGUUUCUUCUCUGGAUGGAUCCUUCUAACUACGGUGGAAUCAAAGGAAAUAUUCCAUCUAACAUUCACUAUGGACAGCAAAGCUCCCCAAAGAAGGACAGCAUGGAGGAAAAUCAGGAGGAAGAACAGCAGGAGGAGGAGAAUGUGCCAGAGCCAGACAUAGAGGACUUGCUGGAAAACAACUGGAACAUUCUGCAGUUUCUGCCACAGGCAGCCUCCUGCCAGAGCUACUUCCUCAUGAUUGUUUCAGCAUACAUCGUAGCUGUAUACCAUAGCAUGAAGGAAGAGCUGAGGCGCACUGCCCCAGGAAGCACCCCCGUGAGGAGAAAGGGAGCCAGCCAACUCUCUCAAGAAGCCCAGGGUGCAGCUAGCGCACUUCCUGGAACCAUCACCUUCUCUCAAGAUUAUGUGGCAAAUGAACUCACUCAAAACUUCUUCACAAUUACUCAGAAAAUUCAGAAGAAAGUUACAGGCUCUAGGAACUCCACUGAGCUCUCAGAGAUGUUUCCUGUCCUCCCUGGUUCUCACCUGCUACUCAAUAACCCUGCUCUGGAGUUCGUCAAAUACGUGUGCAAGGUCUUGUCUUUGGAUACAAAUAUCACAAACCAAGUGAACAAGCUGAACCGGGACCUGCUUCGCUUGGUGGACGUGGGUGAAUUCUCAGAGGAAGCCCAGUUUCGAGACCCAUGCCGCUCCUAUGUACUCCCUGAAGUCAUCUGUCGAAGCUGUAACUUCUGCCGGGACCUAGACCUCUGCAAAGACCCCUCCUUCUCUCAAGAUGGUACUGUCCUGCCCCAGUGGCUCUGCUCCAACUGUCAAGUCGCCUAUGAUUCAUCAGUCAUCGAGAUGGCCUUGGUGGAGGCCUUGCAGAAGAAAUUGAUGGCCUUCACCCUCCAGGACCUAGUCUGCUUGAAGUGCCAGGGAGUGAAGGAGACCAACAUGCCUGUGUACUGUAACUGUGCUGGGAACUUUGCCCUCACUAUCCACACUAAGGAUUUUCUGGAGCAGAUUGGAAUCUUCCGGAACAUUGCCCAACACUACGGCAUGUCAUACCUCAUGGAAACCUUAGAGUGGCUGCUGCAGAAGAACCCCCAGCUGAGUCACUAG